AUGUCAAGCGACGCGCAACUCUACGAAGAAACCUUCACAAUCACCUCCCUCGCGACCCAACCCUACGACCGCGUCUCCCGCCUCAUAGGAACGAGCACCGAUGCCACCACCUCCCUCACCCUCGACGUCAACAGCGAGCUCUAUCCCUGCCAACCAAACGAGAACGUCACACUCCUGCUAGCACAGACAUUGAAUCUUGACGGCACGAUCGAGGACGUGCAGAAGAAAGGCUGGAGACCAAGCGGGAAGAACGAUAGUCAGACGUUGGCGGAUCUGUGGGAUUAUGUGUGUUAUGGGAAGGUGUAUAGGCAUGAGGAUAAGAGUGAUGGGGGGAAUAUCAAGGUCUACAUCUCUUUCGGCGGACUGCUGUGCUGUCUCGAUGGGCCGUACAAGAAGCUGUCGCCACUGCGGAUCGACAACCUGUAUCUUUUGCUGAAGAAGUAG